UUGUAAGCACACACAUAUAAAUACAGUACAAGAGACCCAGAAGAAGAUGGGCCGAGUUGGGCUUAUUCACAUUUAAUGUUAUCUCCACGCGCGUAAUCACAUCAGUUGAGAGAUAACGGCGAAGUCUAAUUCGAUCGGAGCUGGAGUUGAUGCUCGGCGACGAUGGAGAAAAACGUCGAGAAGAUGCUGAACAAAGUAUCAGUCGUGUUCUUAAGCAUCGGAACAGUGAUAAUGGUGAUUAUGAUUCUCCAGACGCCGAAAACUUGUAUUUCACCAGAAGCUCCGUCGAAACCUCAUACGCAUUUCCCGAGAUCCACCUGCGAUUCAUCGCCGCGCCAGCAUCUUCCUCUUGCCAAGAAGAACGCUCGAGUCUGGUCAUCGAAAGCUUGGAAAUCACGUCUCUCUUCCUUCUCUGAUUACUUCCUUCGAUUUCGCGAUCUCGGAUUUCUUCAAAAUCACACCAAAGCUCUCUGUCUCUCCGCCGGCGCAGGGCACGCUCCGAUGGCUCUUUCUCAGAUCGGAUUAGCUGAUGUAACGGGCAUUGAGUUGGUCGAUUCGAUUCCUCUUGUGAAAAGAGCUGAUCCUCAUAACCUUCCCUUUUUCGACGGUGUUUUCGAUUUUGCAUUCACCGCACAUCUCGCUGAAGCUCUGUUUCCGUGGCGGUUCGUGGAGGAGAUGGAGAGGACGGUGCGACACGGCGGGUUUUGUGUGGUUGCGGUUGAUGAAUGUGGCGGAGACGAUGUUAGAGAUAUUUCUAAGUUUUUCACUAAAUCGAAGGUUGUUGAUGUUGCUAAUGUAACUCUAGAAGGAUCCAAAAGGACUAGUAUACUAUUCAAAGUUCAAGACUCUCCUACAUAAGAGGAGAUUCAAUAAAUAUGUGGUUUUAUUUGUUCAAAAAGACCAUUUUUGCUUUGAAUGCUAUAGAGCAACACAGUUGACUGAAGCUGCAAUGUUUAUUGCGAAUUCGAGAUAAAUAAAUCUCUUCGAAGUUGGCUUCUGAUCUAAAAAAUUCUUAGGAAUCUUGGAGCUUUGGAAACAAGUAACAACUUUUGAAGAGUUUGGUGGGUGGGGUAACAUGCAUCUGUGUCGGAGGCUGAGGUUCUUGCUUCAAUCUCUUUAGAGGUCAAAUGUACUAUUGGAGCUAAGCAACAUAUCAUCGACUCGAUUGGUCAUUUUGUAUUCAGGAAAAUAAUUAGUUCUGAUCGGUGAAUAUCAUGUACAAACAGAUUUUUUUAUUUUUUUUUCUUUUAGGACUCCUAAAGAUUAUGUGCAUAUAUAUUUUAUUACAGUUUUAAUUGUAUAUAUUGCAUUGAAAUUGAAAAAGGUUGGUACAAACAGAGACUAACGCAACAAAACACCCAAGCUUUUCUAUAUAAGCUGCUGCAACGUGUACUUUACCAUACAGAUUUGGAAAAAGCAAAACAAA